GUAUAAAGACUAAUAUCUUGUCGUCUUUUGUUGUAAUAUAUUUCAGCGGUGCAGCCCUGACAUCCUGGAACUUUGAAAUGUUCCCCAGUGACUCGAGUGAAACCAGCUCGGAUUCGUGCACUCUUGUAAUCUCUGACACUUCGUCCCGACCAUGCACACCUUCGCCUAUCUCGCCUACUAAAUCACGACGCCCUCCUGUACCACUUCGCUUGCAAAGUGUCGGCAUCGACCCAAGCCUUAUUGUCGGAAAGGUGCUCACGAGGAUUAGCCGCUCACCCAAACACCCAACCUUAACUCUCGACUUCUCCGAUCAUACCACAUUCCAAAUCCUUGUCGACGGCUAUGACCCCGUAUAUCGAGGUGUACCCAAGCGGCUCGAAAUGGACCAUUCGCUAGAAACGCUUAUGAAUACUCCCACUGGACAGGUCCAUGUGGAAUUGACGAUCGAGGAUUGCGCACUUAUCACUCUCACCGACAAAGCAUUCGAGAUGAAGCAAAAAGAGGAGCGAUGGGAUCAGAAUCAUACUGGAGUGGCUCUCCGAUUCAAAGAAGACAGAGCAUGGCACUGCGUAUGGGCAACGCUGGCAGAGCAUGAUGAGAAGCUGGGAGCAUGCAUAUUUCGGAGUUACGAUGAUGUCUACCUCGACCGGCUACAACGCUCUCCUCGCAAACGACGUUCACGUGCACCAUCCUCUCCUACGAAGGGGAAAAGAGGAACCGGAGUCGAUCACCUAGUGACUUAGGCCCGUUUACAUUUGCAUAGUCACCAAUACCGUGGUAUUCACAUGUAUUCUUUCCUUGAGUUUUCGUUUUCUUAUUAACCUGACACGCCCUACGUUAUCGCGUUUUCAAUGUUUGAUUUGUAUGUUGUGCUUGCUAUCUAACCUCUUGUUACACUCUUCAUACCACUUGUACUACCACAUACUCACACGAGACGUAGCCUUCCAUCAGACUUUCCGUCGUUGCUGCUGUUACAUGAUCUAGAGGACUUUCAAAUGAUAAUCAUAGCUCGAUGGAGACAGUACUAGUUCAACCAUGAGAAGGCGUUUCAUAAUGCAUUGUCUUGAGAAAUCGUAUGACUGUCAGGUGGUGCAGGUAAAGCGUUCGAUGUUCAUUUAAGGGACAAAAUUCAAAUGAUACCAGAAUAUGAGCGCUGAGAUUAUUCCACAGAAUGAUGACAGAGAUGCGGGGCCGCAACAACAGCUUUGCAGGGUACACGACCCCCAUUUUACCACACUCACCGAACCAGCUGACAAGCAUUCCGGUGACACGAUGGGAUAAUUACAACGACCACUUGAUGGUGCUGACAAAAGCUUCGUGAAGUAACGGAUUAUCGAGCCAAUAAUAACAGCGAAGCUAACUUGCACUAGCACUUCAUCGUAUAGUUAGCAUCUUGAGAGACGACUGAUCCUGGAUGCAUUCUUCAGUGUCUUGCUAACCACUCGUGUAGAGAUGAUUCUAGGAUCGCUCAGGCCCUGUCUUUGCCAAUGUGCCGGAAAUACGGCAGGGAUCGGACCAGAUAUCCGACCUAUCUUCAGGAACAUUACUGUCCAAAAUCCCAUUUGCGGUUAUCAUAGCUGGUGGGGUGGGCUGUGAGCGUCAUGAAAGGGACUAAGCAAAGCACGGAGGAGACCAAUAGCAAUUCAAACGAGUUGAAACGGCUGUGCUGUAAAUUUCCGAGAUGAUUGCGGUGGAGAUGUGCCACGAAGAGCAGUGGAAGGCACGUUCUUGAGUGGUUGCACUUGGGAAGUGUUCCUUAGCACAGGUACUGCGAACGCGUUGGAAGGAUCUAGACAAACUUGACUGCUUAUCAGAUCUUGUUCGAUGCCAAUGCCAUGUAGAGGAAUAGUGUCCUGGUUCAGUUUCGUCUCCCGGAAAUGGUCCGUCAGGAUCC